AUGUCCGCCGAAAACACCACACAGCGCCCUACCAAGCGCCGAAAGACUCAGUUAUCUUCGCAGACACUCCGCAUUGGAGGUAAAAUCAUACCUCUAGAUGGCUAUCUUACGUCGUCAUCCGAAAAGGCCGUUGUAAAGCCUGAAAUGCCAUCCGAGGCUAUCGCAGAUCACGAAGUCAAGGCCAUUCCUUCCACAGAAAUACCAAAAAAAGAUCACGAGACGAAAUCGAUUGCAACGCGGGGAAUCGAAGAUGCGGCUUUACUAAAGACUCGUCAAGAGUUACCUAUAUGGCAAUAUCGUCAUCAGAUUCAGGAGGCCCUGCUUGGUCCCAAGAAUGAAGUGCUCAUUUUGGUCGGCGAAACUGGUUCAGGUAAAAGCACACAGGUUCCACAGUUCCUCUACCGAGAGUCUUGGUGCAAACGUCGGAAGGUCAGGGUUCCAAGUCCUGAAGAUGAGGUUUAUGUUGGAGGCUGUAUUGCUAUCACACAGCCUAGAAGGGUAGCUGCAACUACUCUGGCUCACAGAGUGUCUCAAGAAGCAGGAACUCCUCUUGUGAAAGGAAGAAAAGAGGGCGUUGUUGGUUACUCUGUUCGAUUCGACCAUCAAGUUCCGAAGGGUACGAAGAUCAAGUUUCUCACAGAAGGAACUCUCCUACAAGAGCUUCUCAGGGAUCCUUAUCUAAGACGGUAUAACGCCAUUAUUGUUGACGAAAUUCAUGAGAGAAGUCUAGAUGUGGACCUCUUGGUGGGCUUUUUGAAACAGAUUCUUUCUUCUGACCAGAAAAUGAGAGGCGGUCUUCCUCUAAAAGUUGUCAUCAUGAGCGCCACUGCAGAUGUGGAUGCCAUCCAGUCAUUCUUCAACGAUUCAUCAAUAUAUUCCGACGCUAGAUUAGUCAAGGUUCUUCGCAUCAAAGGUCGCCAGUUCCCUGUAGAGGUCACCCACGAACCUCAGCCAGUGGCGGACAUUCAAGAUUCGCUUGUGAAGAGAAUAUUUAAAAUUCACAUGGAGGAGCCUUUGCCGGGGGAUGUUCUAGCGUUUCUGACUGGCCAAGAAGAAAUUGAAUCCGCCCAGAAGUUGAUUGAGGAAUAUGCGACUACCUUAGCUUCAAAUGUUCCCAGAGUGAAGGUCUUCCCUCUCUAUGGCCAGUUAUCCAUCGACGGUCAACGAGAGGCAUUUCUUCCGGCUCAAACCAAAUUUACGAGAAAGAUUGUCCUCGCCACUAACAUUGCGGAAACUUCAGUCACCGUCCCUGGAGUUCGAUACGUUGUUGACGGUGGAAAGGCUAAGAUCAAGCAAUACCGGCCAAGACUAGGCAUGGAAUCACUGCUGGCUAAACCUAUCUCCAAAUCCUCUGCUCUUCAGCGUACUGGUCGAGCCGGGCGUGAGGCUUCAGGGAAAUGCUUCAGAUUAUACACAGAAAGGGCGUUUGAUACACUCCAAGAGUCUGAUCUUCCGGAGAUAUUGCGAAACGAUGUGCUUGGUGCUGUUUUAACGAUGAAGGCGCGUGGCGUUCAAGACGUACUUGCUUUUCCGUUGAUGGAUGCUCCCGAAUCCGAGGCACUUGAAAAAGCACUCCUAAAUUUACACUAUCUUGGUGCCUUAAGUGACGAUGGAUCCAUUACUUCAGCCGGAGAGAAAAUGGCGCGCUUGCCGAUUCCACCCUCCCUGGGUGCGGUACUUCUUGCAGCUGGGGAACCGGAGUUCGACUGUGUACUCGAAGUUAUUGAUAUUAUAUCUUGUAUUACCUCAGGAGAAGACAUCUUCCUACAGGUGCAGUCGGAGGAAGCCCAGGAAGAGAUUGAGGGUUUUCGAAAGGAGGUGCAGCGACGCGAGGGCGACUUAAUUACUUACUUAACAACUAUGCAACGAUACUGUUCUGAAAGUGUCAACAGGUUUGAAUGGUGUAAGCAGAAGAAGAUCAACAUGCGGAACAUAAAGCAGGCUUUGAACAUUCGGAGACAACUACGGGGUAUUUGCCUAAAGGAGAGACUAUUGAGCGAGCCUCCUUUGCCUGAUCCUCAGCCAUUUACGCCGCCAAACCCCGAGAGGGCUAAGGCAGUGUUACGAUGCUUUCUUCGAGGAUACGCUUUGAAGACAGCGAUGCUAGCCCCUGAUGCAAGCUACAUUACUGUUCACGGUAAACACGUGGUAGCUAUCCACCCGGCAAGCGUGCUCCAUGGACAGAAGAAGGAGGCAAUUAUGUUCUUGGAUCAUGUAUACACGAAUAAAAACUAUGCUAAGAAGGUAAGUGCAAUAUGCGCAACAUGGAUCGAGGAGGCACUACAGAGAUAG